AUGCUUUCUAUACUGUUUUUUAUAUCUUUGUUUCCUUUUGUUAAGGCGGAUGAUAACUGGGAUGAUUUUACGAACAAUCUUGCUACGGACUUGGCUCCUCUAAUCACCUUGUUCGGUGAACGACUUACGAAACAAUUUCUUUCUGAGUCCAUCAGCAUUCUUGAUAAUGUUAUCUUCGCCCUUUCACCGCUAGGGGUCUUGACUGCUGUUGUGUCGGUGAUCAGGAUCUGUGGAAGUUCAUCCCUCAGGGCAUUCGUCGGACGCGCACAAGAAGGUCCUGCCGAAGCUGAGAGUGAACUCCUUCCUUGCGUCUCGGAAUCCACUGCAGAGCUCUUCAAUGACGGUGGCAUCACACGAGUCUUUGGCCGGCCCAAGAUCGUGGAGAUAGUUGCUUGGGAGGAUGUGGAUCAUAAGACCGGAGAAAAGGGGACAAAGAUUGGCACUUUGAAAGAUGCCCUUGAGGAAAAGGCUUGGUCUUGCAGUGGCAAAGUUUCGCCUACUGAACUGCCUGAACUGGACAUUCCAAACCUGUCAUUGAACAAGGGGAUCAAGAGGAGAGAUCAAUUUUGGUUUCAUUGCGCUGCAAUAAUUGGUGGCGUACUGCAGACUGGUCAGUACUUCUUCGAUGAGCCCGGAAUAACACUGACAAUCCGUUUAGGUACUAUUACGUACGCUACACUCACAGUGUUCGUAUAUCCCCAGCAUUUCAAGAAAGACGACAAAGCCGUCGCCUCAUACGCAUUCCCGCUCUAUCUCAUCGGGACAACCCUUCUGUUUCUGGGGAUGUUCUUCUGCGCAUUCAUCAUGGAGCGAUCCUCAAAGGAGUUCUAUCUCAAAGCAGAAAAGCCAAGUAAGAUAUACUGGCUGCAGCCCGGUAAUCAAAAUGUGGGUGACCAGGUCUUCAAUGCUUUCUUGGCUGUCAAUGAAGGGCCAGAGUCUUCAAUGACCAAGAAACUUCGUUACAUCAAAUCGAUCAGAGAUCGAAGAUUUGACAGGAAGUAUUUGGAGAUUUACUCUACCCUCGCAUCGACGGUUUUGGGAUUUAUCUUCCAGUUUAUUGGACUGAGAGGCCUUCAUGCAUCUGUUAUCCUGGCCCAGCUGGGAUCGACAUUCCUAAUGUCUAUUAUACGUACCUGUCUACGCACAGAAAGAAUGGCACCAGACGAAAAUAAGAUGAAGGGUGACCGUGAUCUCAUGGGUCAUAAACAUCAGGAACUAGACGCCUUCGCCUUUUAUCUCGAGAACGUCGAAUAUUUCAAUAUGGUUUCAUUACCUGAUCGAUCAGCCACGAUACCUUCACCAAGGUUCGUGCCUCACGUUGACGCGCCAUUGGCAAGACAGUUGAUCCGAACACGAACUCAGCUUGCCAAUCUCACAUCUAAUUCGGACCACGGCUUCAAUGCUACCUGGGACGACAUGCCUAUUCGACGAAUGGCUCAUAAUCUUGCACAAGCGAUCGAGUCGACGAUGGAUUUGAUCUCCGGUUGGGGAGCUGACCUCGGGAAGACCUUUGAGUUCCGGCUCGGCUUUGAGUGCAGGGGUGCUUCUCCAGGUUCUGUCACCCAAUCUCCGGGAACAUAUUCCAUUGGUCUCAUGCGUUGUGGUGAUGCUCUUCGAUGGAAAAUGGAAGUUAGCGAGAUGGAAGCAAUACUAGGCCUGUGGACCUGGUCUCUGUAUAAGUCCGACGAUGAUUGCGGGUUUUCGAGACUCUUUCGUCUUGUCGGACUGAGCGAAGAAGAGGCAAGUAAGGAGGAGACUUACCUUUACUUCCACAAAUGGAUAUUCCGACAAACAGAGGCCCGACUGGUCCCGUCUGACCUUAUUGACGACUCCCGUCGAUUAUUCGGCUUUGAGCCCAAGGAAGGUCUUCCCUUAGGGAAUCUUCUUGUUAUCAAGACUGAAAAUGAAGUGGAGACAAUGGCUGCCCAGGAUAUCUUCAUUCAUUUCCUCAAAGAAGUUUGUCUCAAUGUGAAGGAGCUGGGCGGGGAAGUCGACGUCGUCUCUGGUAUACAGAACUCGCUUUUGGGUUCCUGUACGCGAAUCGAUGAACUGGUAUCCUGCUUCGAAGCCCAUUAUCUGGGCUCAAGGGAGGAUGCAUUGCUAUGCAUUAUUCCUGUUUUGAGAAACCGAAACCUUUUGCCUGACCUUGCAGCUGACUGCGCUAAAGUCAGAGCGCGGAGAGAACAGCUCAUAAGCCAGGGAAAAUGGAAGAAUGCCUUUCAUUUGCUUCGUUGGCUCUGUGAACGGUCGGAGGGUCCCCAAUUCCAACGGUCAGUCUACGAGUUAGGAGAUCUUUGCCGCCGAGCUUUGUUGAACAACAGCGAAACUGUUCGAAAGGAAGGGUUCGCAGAAGUUUGCAAGCUUCUCAACUCAGAUAUAAGAGAGGAGUUUCUCCAGACUCAGAAAAUAUCGCUGCCUUCUGAUUGGGCCAUGUCACAAGAUCGUAUUGAAUGGUGGCGUUCAUUCUCUAGCCAACUAGGCUGGACCGCAUGGACUAUUUCAACAAAAGUACCGGGAAUGAGCUUCAUGCAGCCAGCUUUAAAGUCACUCAAUGUACCAGAGAGCUUGCCUGGUGUGGUUGGCACCGACCAGGAUCUGGAAGCCACCGAAACGGGGAUCCGCACCAUGCAAGCUUGGCUCACUCUGACGGAUGCUGAGAAUACCUGUGCCGACCGCUUUAGAGAAGAAGAGGAGGAGCAGUUAUGCUUCGAUUGGGCCGUCCAAAGCAAAUACGACUGCUUGCUUUAUUUCCUUUUGUUGAAAUGGGUGGAGCUGAGUGACCGCAUCCCUCCCAUUAUCACACUGGGAUACGCUCUUGCGGCCCACAAACACUCCCAUUUUGCUAUGAAAGUCCUUCUUAGACAGGGUGCCAACAUUGAUUCUCCCGAUGUAGAUAAUUGCGCUGCAUUGUUCAGCCAAGCGGCCCUCGGAAAUGUGGAGGGGAUAGUCAUGUUGUUGGAUAAUGGCGCUGAUCCCAAUGGCAGCGACAAAGCUCCCCACGGAAGGCCCCUGAUCGCAGCCGUAUAUGGUGGACAUAUUAUGGCCACGGCAUCCUUUCUCCAAUACGGAGCCAACGCGAAUAUGACGGACCAGCAUGGGAUGACGGCGCUGUGGUGGGCAACGGCCAGUGACUAUUUUGACAUUGUUGAGCUGCUUUUAUCCAGUGGUGCAGGAACAGAGCCAGUCGGAGCUGAUGGCUUAACACCACUUCUUUGGGCUGCAGCGAAAGAAAAACUUGCCGCCCUCGAGUUGCUGAUAAAGUAUGGAGCGGAUAUCAAUGCCCAAGAUACCGACGGGAGAACUGCACUUAUGCGGGCAGUGUCUAGUGAACGUUCUCUGCCAGUGCUUCGGGUACUGUUGGACAAAGGAGCUGAUGUUCAUAUGAAAGACCGCAAGGGGCAUACAGUUCUGGAUAUGGCGAAAGAAGCGAACUUCCAUGAGGCUAUAGCCAUACUGGAGCCAUCAGUUCGCAACUCCUUGGCAUCUUGGCUACCUGGUCUCACUUCAAGAUCUCCUUGA